AUGCCAACCUCCUCCAAUCAAAAAGGAGACUUAGAUUUGAAAGAGGUAACAGUGAAGUCAGCUGAUCCUCUACCUUCUUCUCCUUCACAUCUACUUAAUGAUUUAUUCUUGCAGGCUACACUAUAUGCCUUAAAGGAUUUUAUUGUAGUCAACACACCAUUUAAUGUCAAUUGCUUGGAGAAUAUCCUUUAUUUUUAUCCAAAUGAAUACUUUGUCUCCUCAGUCAUUCAUGGUCUUUGGAAUGGAUUCUGGCCUCUCAACCUUGCAUUUUGUGAUUAUGAGAUUGCAGCCAGAUGUUGGUCACCACCUCUACCAGAUGGGUUUACACUCCUGCCAGGUAUGAAAGUAUCAUCUAUGUUCAUAGUCUGGCAGAAUAGAAAACCCCAUGUCAUAAUGGAUUAUACUUCCUCUGGUUUAAAUGCAGGAAUCCCUGCUAGCAAGGCAAAGAUCAAAUACAAUGAUAUGCAUCUAUUUGGCAAGACUCUUUACAAUACCAAAUUAUGA